AUGGGAGUUCCACAGCAUAUUCGCGAAGCCUUUGAUCUUGCUAAGGACUUUCUGACUCCAGUCCUUGAUCGAGAGGCAAUACAGAAGACCCAAGGUAAAUCCUUGCUGCAGAUUCUUAGUCUAACUUCGGGUGAUGAUCAUGGUGCUGGCGAUGGUGACGCGCGGUCAACUGUGAUAAAUGAGGCUUUGAAUAUCUUGACUAGUAUCCACAGGUCCCUUGUUUUACCUGAAGACCAACAUGGAUCUCUUCAAUCAGGUGGGGAGGCUGGAGACUCGCCAUUGGAAGAUGCCAAGCGCCGCCGAAUGCUACAUGCAUUGCUAGACCUGAUUUCCCUGGAAGGAAUAUACCCUUCGUUGUCAUCUGGCGUUGGGAUUCCCCUGCAGCAGCGGGUGAUCUCGGUAUUGCCAGCCGGUGUCAUUGCAAAGCAGGCAAAUGCAACUGUUAGCAGUGUACCGCACGACGAGCCUCUUUUGUGCCGCAUAAUCGGCGUUUUGGUUGACGUCCUCUUCGACCCGAGACCAAGCCUCCAGCCGAUCAUUCGUGGUCGUAUCUUGAGUGACAUAAUCAGUGGCACGUCUGAUCUUGCUUUCAAUCCAAAUACCGAGGCAUCAUCUGGCCGGAACUCAUACCAGAAAACUUUAGCCAAGAUAAUUGAUGAUACCCCAACAACUGUCUUGCUGCCCACACUAUCCGCAUUCCUCCAAUCGAAUACUGCGCAAUGGUUCAAAUUAAUCAUCUCCAGCCAGAUCUCACAAGUUCCGCUACGACCCGGAGGAGUAGUGCAAACCAUCAUGUUUAUUGCAUCGCAAUUUUCGCCAUCUCUAGGCCAGGAAGCACAGGACCUAUCAAAUGGCCCUCGUUUGACUGUUCAGGCCAUCAUGCAAAUAUCACGACUCCUUUCCUCUGUGCCAUCGGAUGUUGACCCAACUGUCUAUUUUCAGACAAUCGCCCCACAGCUGCUAGCACUAAUAGACGGCGAUGAUUUAGAUCUCAGGAAAACUGCUUCCUACGUCGUCGGAAAUGGAAUUCUGGGGAAACGUGCUUAUGGCGCUCCUGGCACUGUUGGUCAUACCAUCUUUGUGGAGCCGAUAUUUAAUGCACUUACCGCGAACCUCGAUGCUAAAUCGAGACAAUGGAUCGGUCACUUCACCGAUAUCGAAGGCUCUAUGCCAAACCCUGCGGAACCAAACCCCGCAUCCAACGUCUUGGUAGACGGCGCAACAGUGGACCUGGCUCUAAACAGACUGGCUUGUCUGACAUUGCAGCAUCCAAACCCAGGUCUCGUAAAACGAAUCGUGUCUCCGAUUCUUCUUCCAUUAUGGGGCUUGGUCUGUUUUUCCAAGGAGGAAGGGCUGAUCCCGUUCCAUGAAAAGGUCUUGCUCCUGCUCCAAACAUAUUUUGGCAUCUCUGUUGGAGCCCAACCCCUCAAAAAGCUAAUUGAUAAUCUUCUAUGGGAUGGGGGGGCGAUGUGGACAUACAUCAAAGAUUCCGACGCUAGAAUCGCAUUGCAGAAGCGGAGUGAGAAAACAAGCGAGCAUUCAAAUAUGGUGCAGCUGAUCGAUUCCAUCCAAGCACGAGUAGAAGUCUUUGUCAGUCUCAUUGGCUCGGAUCCUAGCAGUGAGGAACGGACCGGUGAUAUCUUCCUCUAUGCCAGUCAAAACUGGCUAGUGCAGCCGCGGGGUACUGCACUCCCUGACAACACAUUGAACAGUCCCGCUGGCGAAGGUGACAACAUCAUUCAGAAGCUUGUUAGUGCCAAAAUUGCAGAAAAGCUGCUUGAGAACUUCAAAGAAGCACUGACUCGACACCCGCUCCGAGUUUUAGAGCUCAUCAAGCAAGUUAUUGCUGGGGAGCUACAUAGACUUAGCGCCCAAAAAUGGGCGGCUCAAGGCAAAGUAAAUAGCAAGGUGUCCCUGUUAUCUUUAGCUAACAUCGUGAAAACGGGAGACAAAGACGCGGAGCAAUGUGACAACGACUCCUCUGAAUCCGUUUCAACAACCUUCAGUCUGAUGUCUACACUUCUUGCAUCUGCGGAGUUCUCUCCCACUACUGAAAUUCAGCCCCUCCUUGAAUCCCUUAAAAACGACCUCGAUCAACUCGUUCCCUUUCUCCCUUCCACACUUUCCAAGCCAGCAACGACCUCGUCUAUGUUGCUAGAGAUUCACCUUGCUGGGGGAGACGAAACCACAAUUAAGGCAGUGCCAGCUCAUAUUCAGGACCUUGAAACACAUCGUCAAGCAAUGGCGAAUCUCAACUCAGAUCUACCACCCGUGCAAGCCGAGGGCCUAUCACUGAUUUCGAAACUGAUUAUGAAAUCCUCACCCGUUCUUGAUGUGGGGUCAACUCUCACCCUCCUGCUUUCAGUCAUCACCGACACAUCCAAGACCUCUGCCAACGAUGAAUACGCAUAUCUCGGUGCAAUCAAGAUAGUUGGUACACUGGCAUCACGCCAUCCACGUUCCGUGAUCAAAACCCUGGUUGAAGAGUACGCAGACAGACGCGAACACCGAGGAUUGGACGAAAGACUCAGGAUUGGUGAAUCUCUGCUGCGCACAGUGCAGGACUUGGGAGAGGCGUUGGUUGGUGAGACGGCCAAAAUUCUUGGUGAGGGCAUUGUUGCCGUUGCAGGACGACGGGGCAACAAGAAGUAUACACAGCAAAUCCGCAAAAAGCAACUUGCCAAGGAGAGACGGGAACAGGAACGCGCGCAGCGCAAGGAAAAUGAACCGGCCAUGCCUGAAGGCUGGUCCAUUUCAUCUGGAGUAGCUAAAGCUGCUUCCGAACUUGACCUCCCAGAACUUCAUUCGGACGACGAAUCCCCAGAGCAAUCAGCGUACGCCACAAACGUCGUCGCUGCAUGGGCAGCCGGUGCAUCUGCGGAUGAUGCCCCUGAUGACCUUCGCAUCCGCGCAUCGGCCAUUUCCAUUCUUGGAUCGGCCAUCAACGUCAACAUCCUUGGUCUUGGCCCCGUCAUUCUUUCUUCCGCCGUCGAACUCGCGCUCGCCACGUUAACCCUCGAAAGGGAACCGGCGAGUGCCAUCCUCCGCCGGGCGAGUAUAGUUUUGAUCUUCGACAUCUUGAAAGCUCUUGAGGCAGCACGGGAAACGCGCGGGAACCAGGGCAUCGGGCUCGGCUUUUCGCUUUUGGACGAUUCGGCUUCGAGCUUUGCCGCCCCAUAUGGGUCCAGUAUGCAGGGACAUUCGACUAUUGGUAAUAUCCCUGCUAUGCUACGCACGCUCCGCUUCAUCGAGGGUUCUGAGGAGGACGGGCUCGCUCGUGGAAAUUUGCGCGCAUUGAUUGAAAGUUUGGAGACUUGGUCAGAGAAGUCUUUGAUGUGGGGCAUUGGCGCCCAGGAUGAUCAAAAUACCUUCAGUCCACGGUUUGGACUGGGCGACAGGAUCGCCGGUCUACAGGUUGAUCCCAUGGCAGGGGAAACUACCGGUCGUCCGCGCAUCGAGGAGAUUGAAUAA